CCUGGGUCUCUGUCCCCCUCUCUCUCUGUGUGUCCACCUCUGGGUCCUUGCUGCCCCACCCUCUGACCCCUGCCCCUAAUCUCUGUCUCACUCUCUUUGGGUUAAAGUAUCCCCUCCCUGUCUGGCAUCCCCCUUUCUGAUCUCUGUUCCCUCUGCGCCACCGGCCCCCCCACUCCUUCUGUCCCCCUCUUGCACUGUCCCUCGGAGUCUCCCCUAUGUGUCCCUCGCCCCCCACAGCCCCCCGGCCCGGGCCUCUGCGUCCCGGGGUCGCGGUCCCUCGGUCCCUUUAUCGCGGCCUCGGGCCCGCCCUCUCUCCGCCUCCCGCUUUGGCGUCUCCAAGACUCCCCGCCCCUCAGACCUCGCCCCGCCCAGGCUGGGCUGGAAAGUGGCGGAUCCGGUUUGUCCUGGGCGGGUCUGGAAGCGGAGCCGGCGGAGGGAGCGCUGGGGCCCGGGGCUACCGGAGGUUGCGGACCACGGCAGCAUGGUGGUGCCGGAGAAGGAGCAGAGCUGGAUCCCCAAGAUCUUCAGGAAGAAGACCUGCACGACGUUCAUAGUCGACUCCGCAGAUCCGGGAGGGACCUUGUGCCAGUGUGGGCGCCCCCGGACCGCCCACCCUGCCGUGGCCACGGAGGAUGCCUUCGGGGCAGCCGUGGUGACCGUGUGGGACAGCGAUGUGCACACCACGGAGAAGCCCACCGACGCCUACGGAGAGCUGGACUUCCUGGGGGCCACCCGAAGGCACAGCCAUUUUCUCCGGCUUUCUGACCGAACGGAUCCAGCUACAGUUUAUAGUCUGGUCACACGCACGUGGGGCUUCCGUGCCCCAAACCUGGUGGUGUCAGUGCUGGGGGGAUCAGGGGGCCCUGUCCUCCAGACCUGGCUGCAGGACCUGCUGCGUCGUGGGCUGGUGCGGGCUGCCCAGAGCACAGGGGCCUGGAUAGUCACUGGGGGCCUGCACACGGGCAUCGGCCGGCAUGUUGGCGUGGCUGUGCGUGACCAUCAGACGGCCAGCACUGGGGGCACCAAGGUGGUAGCCAUGGGUGUGGCCCCCUGGGGUGUGGUCCAGAAAAGAGACAUCCUCAUCAACCCCAAGGGCUCGUUUCCUGUGCGGUAUGAUUGGCAUCACGACCUGAAGGACGGGGUCCAGUUUCCCCUGGACUACAACUACUCGGCCUUCUUCCUGGUGGACGACGGCACGCACGGCCGUCUAGGGGGCGAGAACCGCUUCCGCUUGCGCUUGGAGUCCUACAUCUCCCAGCAGAAGGCGGGCGUGGCGGGGACUGGAAUUGACAUCCCUGUCCUGCUCCUCCUGAUUGAUGGUGACGAGAAGAUGUUGAUGCAAAUAGAGAAUGCCACCCAGGCUCAGCUCCCCUGUCUCCUGGUGGCUGGCUCUGGAGGGGCUGCAGACUGCCUGGCGGAGACCUUGGAAGACACUCUGGCCCCCGGGAGUGGGGGAGCCAGGCAAGGUGAAAUCCAAGAUCGAAUCCGGCGUUUCUUUCCCAAAGGGGACCCUGAGGUCCUGCAGGCCCAGGUGGAGAGGAUUAUGACCCGGAAGGAGCUCCUGACAGUCUAUUCUUCUGAGGAUGGGGCUGAGGAAUUCGAGACCAUAGUGUUGAAGGCCCUCGUGAAGGCCUGUGGAAGCUCAGAGGCCUCAGCUUACCUGGACGAGCUGCGUUUGGCUGUGGCUUGGAACCGUGUGGACAUUGCCCAGAGUGAACUCUUUCGGGGGGACAUCCAGUGGCGGUCCUUUCAUCUCGAGGCCUCCCUCAUGGACGCCCUGCUGAAUGACCGGCCCGAGUUCGUGCGCUUGCUCAUCUCCCACGGCCUCAGCCUGGGCCACUUCCUGACCCCAACGCGCCUGGCCCAACUCUAUAGCGCGGCGCCCCCCAACUCGCUCAUCCGCAACCUUUUGGACCAGGCGUCCCACGGCGCAGGCACCAAAGCCCCAGCCCUAAAAGGGGAAGCUGUGGAGCCCCAGCCCCCUGAUGUGGGGCACGUGCUGAGGAUGCUUCUGGGGAAGAUGUGUGCACCGAGCUACCCCGCCGGGGACACCUUGGAACCUCACCCAGGCCAGGACUUCGAGGAGAGUAUGUGUCUACUCCUGGACAAGGCCCCCUCAAGGCCCUCGCUGGAUGCUGGCCUUGGGCAGGCCCACUGGAGUGACCUGCUCCUUUGGGCACUGCUGCUGAACAGGGCACAGAUGGCCAUGUACUUCUGGGAGAAGGGCUCCAAUGCAGUUUCCUCAGCUCUUGGGGCCUGUUUGCUGCUCCGGGUGAUGGCACGCCUGGAACCUGAUGCUGAGGAGGCGGCACGGAGGAAAGACCUGGCAACCAAGUUUGAGGGGAUGGGCGUUGACCUCUAUGGUGAGUGCUAUCGCAGCAGUGAGGUAAGGGCUGCCCGCCUCCUUCUCCGUCGCUGCCGGCUCUGGGGGAAUUCCACUUGCCUCCAGCUGGCCAUGCAAGCUGAUGCCCGUGCCUUUUUCGCCCAGGAUGGAGUACAGUCUCUGCUGACACAGAAGUGGUGGGGACACAUGGCCAGCACCACACCCAUCUGGGCCCUGGUUCUCGCCUUCUUUUGCCCCCCACUCAUCUACACCCACCUCAUCACCUUCAGGAAAUCAGAAGAGGAGCCCACACAGGGGGAUCUGGAGUUUGACAUGGAUAGUGCUGUUAAUGGGGAAGGGCCUGUCAGGCCGGGGAACCCCGCGGAGAGGACGUCGCAGGGGGUCGCACACGAGCCGGGCCGCCGGGGCUGCUGCAGGGGCUGCUGCGUGGGGCGCGGGUACCUGCGCCGCUGGGCGCACUUCUGGGGCGCGCCGGUGACGGUCUUCAUGGGCAACGUGGUCAGCUACCUGCUGUUCCUGCUGCUGUUCGCGCGGGUGCUGCUCGUGGACUUCCAGCCGUCGCCGCCCGGCGGCCUGGAGCUGCUGCUCUACUUCUGGGCUUUCACGCUGCUGUGCGAGGAGCUGCGCCAGGGCCUGAGCGGGGGCUGGGGCAGCCUGGCCAGCGGGGGCCCCGGGCCUGGUCAUGCCUCACUGCGCCAGCGCCUGCACCUCUACCUCGCCGACAGCUGGAACCAGUGCGACCUAGUGGCCCUCACCUGCUUCCUCCUGGGCGUGGGCUGCCGGCUGACCCCAGGUUUGUACGACCUGGGCCGCGCUGUCCUCUGCCUCGACUUCAUGGUUUUCACGGUGCGGCUGCUGCACAUCUUCACGGUCAACAAACAGCUGGGGCCCAAGAUCGUCAUCGUGAACAAGAUGGUGAAGGACGUGUUCUUCUUCCUCUUCUUCCUCGGCGUGUGGUUAGUGGCCUACGGCGUGGCCACGGAGGGGCUCCUAAGGCCCCAGCACAGUGACCUCCCAAGUAUCCUGCGCCGUGUCUUCUACCGUCCCUACCUGCAGAUCUUCGGGCAGAUCCCCCAGGAGGACAUGGACGUGGCCCUAAUGGAGCCCAGCAACUGCUCAUCAGAACCCGGCUUCUGGGCGCACCCUCGCGGGACCCAGGCGGACACCUGCGUCUCCCAGUAUGCCAACUGGCUGGUGGUGCUGCUCCUUGUCAUCUUCCUGCUUGUGGCCAACAUCCUGCUGGUCAACCUGCUCAUCGCCAUGUUCAGCUACACGUUCGGCAAAGUACAGGGUAACAGUGACCUCUACUGGAAGUCGCAACGCUACCGCCUCAUCCGGGAAUUCCACUCUCGGCCCGCGCUGGCCCCGCCCCUUAUCAUCAUCUCCCACUCGCGCCUUCUGCUCAGGAAAUUGUGGCCGCGCUCCCGCUCCCGGAGCCCCCUGCCGCCCUCCCCGGUCAUCGAGCAUUUCCGAGUCUGCCUUUCUAGAGAGGCCGAGCGCAAGCUGCUGACUUGGGAAUCGGUGCAAAAGGAGAACUUCCUGCUGACACGUGCUCGGGACAAGCGGGACAGCGACUCCGAGCGUCUGAAGCGCACGUCGCAGAAGGUGGACAGUGCGCUGAAACAGUUGGGACACAUCCGCGAGUACGAACAGCGCCUGAAAGUGCUGGAGCGGGAGGUCCAGCACUGUAGCCGCGUCCUGGGGUGGGUGGCCGAGGCCCUGAGCCGCUCUACCUUGCUGCCCCCAGGAGGGCCGCCACCCCCCGAUCUGCCUGGGCCCAAAGACUGAGCCCUGCCGGCGGACUUCAAGGAGAAGCCCGCUCUAGGGUUUUGCUCCUAGAGUAAGGCUCAUCUGGGCCUCGGCCCCCGCACCUAGUGGCCUUGUCCUUGAGGUGAGCCCCGUGCCCAUCUGGGCCGCUGUCGGGACCACCUUUGGGAGUGUCAUCCGUACCAACCACAGCAUGCGGCUCCUCCCAGAACCAGCCGCAGCCUGGGAGGAGGAAGUCCUGGAGCCCCGGCUGUAGUCCAGGGACGGGCUGGAGGGUUCUUGGGGUAACAGGGACCACAGACCCCACUCGCAGAUUCCUCACACUGGGGAAAUAAAGCCAUUUGAGAGGAAUCGUG